UCAUGAGGUUUAUGAUUGAUUUCCGGUGUCUGUGAAAUUACUUAGCUAGCAAGUUACGGUACACCUUUUUUGUUUUGACCAGUGGUGAUUGCAACGUCUUUAAAACGCACAUUUUGAAAUUGUUCACAUAAAUGGGCAAUUUUUGAACAGGUACUUGUCUGAAUUUUCGUUCAGGGAAGUGAUGCCAGUGAAUGGCACAGGCAACACUUGUUGUGGGACUGACCUAGAAGGCGAAGUUGCACCUCCAUGAGUAAUGAACCUGAACCCAUUCUGGAGCAUGUCUACCAAUACUGGUCGUAAGAGAUCUGAUGGUGAGGAACAGAGUGGAGAGCAGCAGCAACAAAGAGCCAGUCCAGCCCGUCCUAGCUUUGGGAAGAAGCAGCUUCCCUCCAUCCCCAAGAAUGCAGUCCCCAUCACCAAGCCUGCCUCUCCUGCCGCCACGGCCCUGUUGGCCAACGGAACACAUGCCUCCUACGGUCCAUUCUACCUGGAGUACUCGCUGCUGGCUGAGUUCACGCUAGUGAUCAAGCAAAAACUGCCUGGAAUCUAUGUGCAGCCAUCCUACAAAUCAGCAUUGAUGUGGUUCGGGGUCAUUUUCAUCAGACAUGGCUUGUACCAGGAUGGAGUCUUCAAGUUCACUGUGUAUAUUCCAGAUAACUAUCCUGAUGGUGAAUGUCCUAGAGUGGUGUUUGAUAUCCCAGUCUUCCACCCACUUGUGGACCCUGUUUCAGGAGAGCUUGAUGUCAGGAGAGCCUUCACCAAGUGGAGGCGUAAUCACAACCACAUCUGGCAAGUCCUGAUGUAUGCACGCACGGUGUUCUACAAGAUCAACACUAUGGAACCACUCAACCCAGAAGCUGCUGUGCUUUUUUUCAGGUACGACAAGGAUGUGCAGUUGUUCAAAAGCAAGGUGGUAGACAGCGUCAAACUAUGCAACAGUCACCUCUUCGACCAACCCAAGAUGGACGAUCCUUAUGCAAUAAGUUUCUCUUCAUGGAACCCAGCAAUCCACGACGAGGCGAAGGAACGGAUGUUCACACAUAAAAGACGGCCUGAGGAUCACCAGAAGGGGCUGCAGGUGUCAGGACUGUCUUGGGUGAAGCCCGGAUCCACACAACCCUUCAGCAAAGACGACAACCCUCCCCUGAGCUGAACCUGCAGUCCUUGUCAGCAGCCACUAGAGGAAGAUGCAGAGCAGAAUGCCACGCCACAGACUAGCUUCAGCAGCCGUUCAGUCGUUUGAAUAGGAACUGAACAGGUUGAAUGGACUUAAUUUUACAUUUCAACACUUGCACUCAGCUUUAAAAGCAUUAUAGGUAUCUUGUGCUCAAACAGCUAUAGAACAAAAAUGUGUAUAUUAUGUCAACCAGUUGUCAUUGAUUUACUAAGUAACACCGGCUACAAUGCAAUCGGCGCUUUUUCCCUUUAUUUUCUUCUCUGCUCUUUGCACAUGUUUGGGUUUGGUCUAUGAAGAUAACCACUCAAAGCUGGUUGAAAGGUGAGAAUAAAAAUCAGCAUUAAUUAUAGGUAUACUGUAUGAGUUGACUAUGGAUUCAUGACCGCUUGGUAAGGUGUGGUCAGGACAGUUAAUUAUUGGGACUUGGAAUGUUUUUCAAUGACUUCAGACUGAAGAUGGACUCUAACCUUGGGUAUUAUUUUUUUCCCAAACAUAUUUCACUGAAAUAAAAUUAAACCAACACUACAUUUUUGGGUUGGGGGGGAAUUUGCAUCCUUUUGGAUUAUGGUUUGGUAUAUUUUAUUUCUUUACUGUGUAAACUACAGGCAAGAUGGGUAAUAUAUAUUGCAGGUAUGGUUUUAAUGAAUAUGCUAAGUAAAAUCAUGGCUCUUUACAUUGCUUUUAAAUCAUUUUGGAUGUUCUAUUUACCCUUAUUGAGCUGAUUAAAGGUUUGUCUAAAUAAAUAAAAAUGUGCGGUGGGAAUGGCAGCCCUCAACAGACAUUGUUCAGCUCAAGCUUUUGGCUACUUGGCACUAUAUUGCUGUGAAAUGAAGUAAACACAUGCUUUCUGGACUGUUGAAUUUGGUAAAACAAUGCAUAUGUGGACUUCUCAUUUUAACGUUCUUAUAUGGAACCAAAUCUUCAGUCAACAGUUUACUCUGUAUAGGUAGUGAGUUUGGAAAGCUUUUCUUUGAAAGGAAAUAAACAUGACAAUGCAUACCAA